AGAGGGUAGUCAAGGGCUUUAGGCCGACUCGAGCAGAGAUCUCGCGAGACUGUCAGAAGUGUGGCGAGAGGCGUGGGAGGAAGGCUGUGUUCUCGCGAGAACUCUGCUUGCGUCCUGGGCUUGUGUCGGGCCGCGUUUCUGUCCACCCGAGGGCUCCUCGGAUCGCCUGGAGACGCUCUCGGAGCUGGUAUAUCUAAAUGCAUUGCUUCAACAUAGAAUGUACAUGAACAGUGAGUGCGGAGGCCCAGGCUGGCACGGGGCCAGAGUUGCCCACUUUUGCUCUGGCUAGAGAAGUGAGCAGAAUGAAUACAUCACAGGACCAGAAUGGCUUCUCCAGUAACAGAGAACCCCUUUUGAGGUGUAGUGAUGCACGGAGGGACUUGGAGCUUGCUAUUGGUGGAGUUCUCCGGGCUGAACAGCAAAUUAAAGAUAACUUGCGAGAGGUCAAAGCUCAGAUUCACAGUUGCAUAAGUCGUCACCUGGAAUGCCUUCGAAGCCGUGAGGUGUGGCUAUAUGAACAGGUAGACCUUAUCUAUCAGCUUAAAGAGGAGACACUUCAGCAGCAGGCCCAGCAGCUCUACUGGUUAUUGGGCCAGUUCAAUUGUCUUAUUCAUCAACUGGAGUGUACCCAAAACAAAGAUCUAGCCAAUCAAGUCUCUGUGUGCCUGGAGAGACUGGGCAGUUUGACCCUUAAGCCUGAAGAUUCAACUGUCCUGCUCUUUGAAGCAGACACAACUGCACUGCGCCAGACCAUCACUACAUUUGGGUCCCUCAAGACCAUUCAAAUUCCUGAGCACUUGAUGGUUCAUGCUACUUCACCAAAUAUUGGGCCCUUCCUGGAGAAAAGAGGUUAUAUCCCAGUACCAGAGCAGAAGUCAGCAUCUGGCAUCACAGCUCUUCCUCUCAGUGAAUGGCUCCUUGGAAGCAAACCUGCGGUUGGUCGUCAGGCUCCUUACAUACCCAGUACCAAUCCCCAGGACUGGCUUACCCAACAUCACACCUUGGAGAAUAAUCAGAUGUCUGCCAGAACCUGCAGUUUCUUCAGUAAUGUCUUGGGCAACAUAAAGGGCUUAGAAAACUGGCUUCUCAAAAGUCAGCAACAAGUUCCUGAAAAACCAAGUUAUCAAAAGUGUAACAGCCAGUCUAUUACCAAUUCUAACUCCAUUGAAAUGGAAAAGGUUGAAGAUAUAGAGCUUCCUGAUCAAGAUGAGAUGGACCUAUCUGAUUGGCUGGUGACUCCCCAGGAAUCUCAUAAGCUAGAGAAGCCUGAGAAUGGCAGCCGUGAAACCCGUGAGAAGUUUAAGCUCUUCUUCCAGUCCUACAGUGUGAAUGAUUGGCUUGUCAAGACCGACUCCUGUACCAACUGUCAGGGCAACCAGCCCAAAGGUGUGGAGAUUGAAAAUCUGGGCAAUCUGAAGUGCCUGAAUGACCACUUGGAGGCCAAGAAACCAUUGUCCACACCCAACAUGGUUACUGAAGAUUGGCUUGUCCAGAACUAUCAAGAUCCAUGUAAAGUAGAGGAGGUGUGCAAAGCCAACGAGCCCUGCACAAGCUUUGCAGAGUGUGUGUGUGAUGAGAAUUGUGAGAAGGAAGCUCUGUACAAAUGGCUUCUGAAGAAAGAAGGAAAGGAUAAAAAUGGGAUGCCUGUGGAACCCAAACCUGAGCCCGAGAAACAUAAAGAAUCCCUGGAUAUGUGGCUCUGUCCUUCCAGAAAAGAAGUAACAGAACAAGCUAAGGCACAAAAGGCAAUGGCUCCUUCUAGAAUUGCUGAUUCCUUCCAGGUCAUAAAGAAUAGUCCCUUGUCAGAGUGGCUCAUCAGGACCCCAUGCAGAGAAGGAAGUUCCAAGGAAGUGCCUAGUACUGAGGACAGAACUGGCAAACAAAAGCUUAAAAGCCCCAUCACCACUUCCUGGUGUCCCUUUAACACUGCUGACUGGGUCUUGCCAGGAAAGAAGACGGGAAACCUCGGCCAGUUAUCCUCUGGAGAAGACAAAUGGCUCCUUCGAAAGAAGGCCCAGGAAGUAUUACUUAAUUCACCCUUACAGGAGGAACAUAACUAUCCCCCAGACCGUUAUGGCCUUCCUGCAGUUUGCGAUCUCUUUGCCUGUAUGCAGCUUAAAGUUGAUAAAGAGAAGUGGUUAUAUCGAACUCCUCUACAGAUGUGAAGGAAUGGACAAGAGUUGAACAGAUUUUCUGAGGAUUAUCACACAUCCACGAGCUGAGUGACUGCGGCUUGCCAAAUCAUUGUGUUUCUGGGUCUGACCAGUCAGUUUAGUUCCUUUCCUACCUACUUUUGAACUAGUGAAGUGAAAUAAAUCAUCAGUUUAUGAGUUAUCAUUUAAAAGAAAAAGGCUAUUUUUGAUGCUGAGGUGAUUCAGUUCCUUCUUAAAGAAGUAUUAAUUCACCCCCACACUAGGAAUGCAGCAUCUUGGUGGAUAGGUCUUUUUCACAAGCAUCCAAGGCUCUUUAGAUUGGGUUGUUACUAGAAGUACAUUAAAACACUAGUUUUAAAAAUGAAAUUUCUAUAAUCAAAGUGUAUUGAUGUGUUCUAAAGCUAGUAAACUUCCCUAACUUUUAAUCACCCUUUAGAUGCUUCUCUUGCUGUGGGUUUUCUUCAACUGGUGGUCUGAAUAAGUUUCCUGUUCCAUUACUAUAUGUUUUGCACAAAUAACUAACUUUGCCUAUAUAGUUACUAUCAAAAUGUGUAUUAAUAACCUUGGCAAUUUCUGACAUUACCAAACAUUUUAGCCUACAUGUCAGUUCUACAUUUUUCAUUUGAAAGAAAUUCACUUAUUGCAAAUUUUAUCUUUCUCCAAAUGUUACUAAAGUAUCCAGUGAGUUCUUUUAGAAGGACUCUCUAUUGUUUCAAGACCACUUUCAGGGUACUUCUAGCUUCUUUCCAAAUAUUCUACAUACCCAUAGGGUUUAAAAGAGCCCCAGUGCCAACUAAGUGCAAAUAGGGAAGAUAUGGUAAAAAUGUAGUAUAGUACUUGAACCAUUCACUAUUCUAGGGAUUAUUGGUGCAUCCUGUGUAAUGAAAGCUGAGCUUGACACCUGGUGCUUUUAACUAGGAAUAAAGUUGUCCUCUUACUGCAAGCACAGCAUACCUGUACCUCCAAAAGUACGAUGCAGUGACAUUUUAGUGAACAGGCCGUUUUCAACACUUGUGCCUUGAGGUGUUCAUUGAAGCUUUAUGAAAACUAUUGGUUUUCUCAAUAUCCUUAAAGUUCAUUUCCAUGCUUUAAAAAGUCUCUGUAGGAGAAGUGGGAUUCAUGUUUUAAAAUUCUCUAAUGUUUUAAAAUUCUUUUUGCUGUUUUCCAGGCUUUGAAACUAUUAAACCUCUUAACUGCCUGUUUGUUGGAAAUACUUUUGGGGACAUUUCAUGGGCCUACAAUGCCAUUGCCAUACAGCUUCACUGGAGUUCUCUGAACCACAGCUGAAAGAGCCUCGUAUUAUUUUUUAAUACUCCCCAGAUACCAUUUAGAACUCUUAUAAUAAAGGUGGUGGGUAUACACUACUUAAGGAGCCUUUCCAGAAUCUUAGGUUGCAGCAAACUUUGUAGUUUCUUGAGGCCUGACACACUGUAUUUUACAUUCUCAAAAUGUAAUUUACAUUAAUCACUAUGUUAAUGAGUAUGUAAAACAUUCUUUUGCAUUGAUGCAUUUUGUACCAGCUUCCAUUAAAAGCAUAAUAGCCA